AUGGCAGUUGAUUUGGGUGACCAUUGCAGUGGCUUUCGCCACAGCGAGGUUAUUAAAUUUAUUAACAGUGAAAUCCUCAUGAAUGGAGGUGGGCCAGAAUUCUACAUGGCUUUCAGCAUGUGGCCCUGGAAUGAUAUAGAAGACCAACUUCACGCUAUUUUGAUCGACCCUCAGGUUCCGCACACACUCAAAAGGGCCUGUACCUGGAGCGCCCUCGCCCUGAGUGUGCGAGUGGCCGCCCGACAGCGUGAGCAGCAGGCUUAUAUGGCUGGGUUGCUGCAAGAAUCAAUGGGCCCCUAUGCUCCCAGGGUUUCAAUCUCGGAGCUGUGGCAGCUGCGUCAACAGCGAGAGGAGGCAGUUAGCCAGUUGCUGUCUACUCAAGCCGCCCUACAGCAGGCACUGAGAGAAUGUGAUCAUUUGCGCCAGAGGCUGCACCAUGCCGAAAGGGUUGCCCAGAUGGCUCCUUUGGUUCAAGACCUAGUGGCUGGUGCUCAAGUCCAACAGCUUGGGGCUGCAGUAGUGCCGCUGAAUCCAGAUCAUUCAAGAGCUAUGGGUGCCGUGGGGCGGUACAAUAGGCAGUAUUUGGAGGCACAGCUAUCAGCUGCUACGAAUGUGUUUUACGUGCCGGGAAGCACAAGUCCCUGGCCCCUGGCCAUGCAACCCUCUUUGCCAGUCGCACUACCAUGCCAGUUCCCACCACAUGCGCCAUUCAUAAUGGGGUCGCCAUACUUGGUGCCCUUCUCACCUCCACUGGUGAGGGAAGCAGAAGCAAGUGUUGUAGUUCCAGUCCAGGUGCCUCCUGUAUAUCCAUCUGGUCCAUUUGCUGCAUCAGGCUUCCAGGAUCCAGCUGGUCUUUGGGACCAGAGAUGCUACACGACUGCUGCAGGUCCUCCAGUCAUCCGAGACUGCAGCCAGGAGGGAGCCUCAGGGAAGCCCCAGACAGAUACAUUGGGAGACAUCAGAAGCUACAUUCAAGGGCAAGGUCCAAAAGGAAUCCAGGUGAAGGCUACUCUACCAAAUAUUAGAAAUUAUAGAGAAGACAAAGAAGAAAAUGAAGGAGCAGCAGCAACAUUUGCAGUAGUACAAACAACAGCAGUAGAAGAAACAACAGUAGCAGUAGCAGUAGAUGAUGCAGCAGAAGAAACAGAUGAUGUGGAAGAAGAGGAGGAAGAUGAGGAUGACAAUGAGGAAGAAGCAUAUGACAACAGUGUAGAUCCGCAGUAUCUCCAGGAACUAUACUUUCCUGAGAAAAGUGAGCGCUAUAGCCAAAGUGAAAAGAGUCCCCAGGCAUCAGCUCUAGUUUCCUUAGUCUCUAGUGGAAGUCGAAUCAAGGGAAAAGGUGUGGAGGAGGCCCAGACAACCCCUAUAUGGGAGAGCUGGAGCCAAGCUGUGAGAGAAAGCCCAAAGAAAAAACAGCCUCAGCUGCUGAAGGAGGAAAAGAAGCCACAAGUGGAAGCAGCUUCAGAAUACCAGCCUGUCUCACGCUAUGGGCUGAAUUGGGGCUGCCCAAGGUGUAAGGCUGUGAAUUUUUCAUGGCGUAAAGUCUGCUAUAAAUGCAAGAAAAUUUAUAUGGUAUCUGAGUAUGGAGGACAAACUCAGUGA